GGGAGCGCGCCCCCGCCCAGCCCGCCUGCCGCUGUCUCGCAGGUGACGGUGCGGGACGCGCUGAACCAGGCGCUGGAUGAGGAGCUGGAGAGGGACGAGCGCGUCUUCCUGCUAGGCGAGGAGGUGGCACAGUACGAUGGUGCCUACAAGAUCUCCAGAGGUCUCUGGAAGAAGUACGGGGACAAAAGGGUGAUUGACACCCCGAUAUCUGAGAUGGGCUUUGCAGGAAUUGCUGUCGGUGCUGCUAUGGCAGGAUUGAGACCAGUGUGUGAAUUCAUGACAUUCAACUUCUCCAUGCAAGCAAUCGAUCAGGUUAUCAACUCUGCUGCCAAGACCUGUUACAUGUCUGCAGGAUCCAUCGCUGUUCCCAUCGUCUUCCGAGGCCCCAACGGAGCAUCAGCUGGUGUCGCUGCCCAGCACUCCCAGUGCUUUGCAGCCUGGUAUGGGCACUGCCCCGGCCUCAAAGUCGUCAGUCCUUGGAGCUCAGAAGAUGCCAAAGGGCUGCUGAAAGCAGCAAUCCGGGAUGAUAAUCCAGUUGUGAUGCUGGAAAGUGAAUUACUGUAUGGUGUUCCCUUUGAAAUGUCUGAACAGGCACAGUCAAAGGAAUUUGUUAUUCCCAUUGGAAAAGCUAAAAUAGAAAGGCAAGGAACUCAUGUUACAUUAGUUGCACACUCAAGACCUGUUGGCCAUUGUGUGGAAGCAGCUGCUGUGCUUUCUAAAGAAGGUGUAGAGUGUGAGGUUAUAAACCUGCGAACCAUUCGACCGAUGGACAUCGAAACAGUGGAAGCCAGCGUGGUCAAGACAAACCAUCUGGUAACUGUAGAAGGAGGUUGGCCCCAGUUUGGAGUAGGAGCUGAAAUCUGCGCCAGGAUCAUGGAAGGACCUGCCUUUAACUACUUGGAUGCUCCAGCUGUGCGUGUCACCGGUGCUGAUGUCCCCAUGCCUUAUGCAAAAAUCUUAGAGGAUAAUAGCAUACCUCAAGUGAAGGAUAUAGUAUUUGCAGUGAAAAAAGCUUUGAAUAUGUAAGUUGUAAAUACAUGUUUUAAAAUCCUACUUUACAAGGCAUUCUUGGUGUUGCGCACGUUGUAUGCAUCAUUUCUGUUGUAUAAGCUCCAUGAUCUUUUGUACAAUGGGGAAAGUAUAGUGACCUCCCAAAAUAUUUAUAUGGGGUUAUCCCCCGCCCCAAGCCACACUUCCUAUAUGCAACAAUGUGGUAAUGCUUGUUUGUUCAACAGUACAGCUGGGUUAGUGCUACUGUUUGUGGAGAAACCCUGUUCUAAAUUCAGAGUGAGGAAAAAAAUCCUCUGUUUAUGCUUGGCUUGUAAGUACCAGAGGAGCUGUGCUUAACUUGCUGUAGCAGUGACUGAGUGCAGAGCUGCAAAGAGCAAGAGCAGGCCCUGAAUGCUGUACAGCGGCAGGAGCCUGUGGUUGCAAGGCUUACAAGAGGAAUGAUCUGGCUGAUCAUGUGAAGCCCAGCCUGUGAGUGCAGCAGUUCAGUGCAGCUCUGAGCAGAGGCUGUGGCAGCCCACAGGCUGGGUUAAGAGAUGAUGGCUGUGUCUGGUUUGAAGAGCACUCUGCACAUGCAGAAAGGCUUCUGUACAAGAGCUCAAAUAAAGAUCCUGAACUUUUCCAGUA